AUGACGGGUCAGAGCCGAGAAAAUACACAAAGACAGGUGCACCUCGUCAACGUCUUCACGUCGGAUGUGGAUGGAUGCGGAGGGAACCUCGCGCCCAUCGUUCUUCACGCCGAGGGCCUGACGGACGAGGACAUGCAAGGCGUUGCGCGCAAGCACGAGCGCGAGAGCUCGUUCGUGCUGCCGCCGGAGCGGCGGGAAAAUGGACCCGACGACGAUGAUGGCGAUGUGGAUUUCCUCCUGCGAUUCUUUGUGCCCGAGCACGAGAUGGAAAUGUGCGGACACGCCACCGUCGGCACGGCCUGGGUCAUGCACGAGCUGGGCAUUGUCGGGCCGGACAGGACGCGGAUCACGUUCAUGACCAAGUCCGGGCGGGUGCGCACGCGACGUGUGGAGAGAAAAGGAGAAGACGGGCAGGGAAGAACGACGCAGGUGUUCGUGUCUCAGCCGGCAGGCACGGUCGUGGACAUCGCGGACCAGACGACGGUCGCAGAGAUUCUCUCCGUGCUGGGCAUCUCCGAAUCCCAACUGCAGACUACGCCGCGGGCGAUCCAGAACGCAUGCACCAGCCGGGUCAAGACGGCGAUUGCGCUGCGCAAUGCAGCCGUCGUGAAUGUCCUAAAGCCUGAUUUCUCGCGCGUCCGGGGUCUUUGUGAGAGGUUGGGGUCUACGGGCCUGUACCCGUAUGCGAUUGUGCAAGGGGAAAACAGCGCCGCUGCCGCCGCUGGCGGAGACGGGGCCGGCCAAUACCCUGCCCUGGAGGUCGAGGCGCGCCAGUUUCCCAAGGCCUCAGGGUAUCCCGAGGACGCGGCGACGGGGAUCGCGGCCGCGGCGUUGGCAUAUGCGCUUGCGGACAACGGGGUGCUGCGCGUGGGACAAGAGGCCGUGGUACACCAGGGCAGAGCGAUGGGGUACCAGUCUCGGAUCAACGUGCUGCUGAAGGAGGAUGGAUGUUGGGUAGGCGGAACGUGCGCGUGGGGCGGUCGGUCUGGUUGA